CACACCUCCGCUGUAUAACCCCAAGUGGCUGCACCGUCGCCUCGAUCAACCUCGCGGUGACGUGCAAAUGCCGCUAUGAGUCAAGACACAAUCCCAGGAAAUCCCCGCGGCCGAGAGAACGACGAGAGGCCCCUUUAAAUCGACGCUUCCUCGGUGCUGUGCCAGAAGAGAGAGAGCUCUGAUAAACAACAACACAGUUCUCAGAAGCCGCUUUUUACCGGAUUCAGCUCUUAGCUGCGGCCUCGUUGAGGAAGAGGUGAGGCUACGAGGACUUUCCCUCAGUCAUUUCCAGCGUUUUUGUCGUCCGUCCUCCAUACAUUCAUUGUUGAAUGCCAUUGCGGAAGUGAGAAGCCCUUCGACGCGACACAAAGCUUGGACUGUGCGGACAUCUAGCGGCCGAUUAGGAGAAGGCGUCCCGUAGAGAUGUACGGAGCUUCAGGUAUCCCCGAGCUCAUCCCGCCCAGCGGGCCGCCCCGGCAGCCCGGCCCGGCAGGGCAGUACAACCCGGGACACCCCCAGGUCAACGGCCACGGCGGCGGGCCCAACCCUCAGAGGCUGGGACAGAGGGCACCCAAACUGGGCCAGAUUGGUCGGUCCAAGAAAGUGGACUUGGACGAUGAAGACCUGGAUGACAUCAUGAACAACAAUGGGCAGUGUCCUGUUUCCCUGUCGCCCAUCUCCUAAACUUCACCAUGAAGUGCCAAAAAAAAAAAAAUUCCCCCGGGACGCCAAAACCUCCGCGUCAGUGAUCUUGGCCAUGAUCCUGUCAAGUGUCCUACUGAAGCAUCCGAUGGCUCGACCAGGCACAACAACGGAUCGUUUAGCGCCAGCUGAAGCCUAGGCCCUGAUUGUACAUAGUGUUUAUUUAACUUAACUUUGGUCAGACUGUGAACGAAUUGCAUUGCAUCGCCCUCUACUCUAUACCUCGGCAGGUGUUAGACCAUCAGGACUUGAGAAAGAUUUGGAUGAAGUGUCUAUAUUUUUCGGCGCUUCUUAACAAGGGCUACAUUUCUAAAGUUGCACUGAGCGAGUGGUUACAUGAAAAGCAGCCUCUCACCUCCCUGUUGACCGGUGAGGGUUACUGAUUGUCUGCGGGGUGGCUGCGGGAGGGAAGACAAGCCUGUUAAUGUGUAUCACACAGGUAAAAUAUUAAGCUUUGGUUGUGCAGUGACUAUCAUUCUGUACUCUCACACUGAUGCAAGUGGUGUACUAUUAUCCAGUGGGUGAAAUCUCGCCAUGUACAGAGAAAAAAAACCAACUACUGCUAAUUAUUUAAUGUUUUAAAAAAAAUGAAACACUUUGUUGUGUUGUUAUGGCUUCUACAUGAUUUUUACUUGUUUCUGAAUGGAUAUUGCUUCCGUCAUCUAUAACUGAGAUUUAUUAUAUUUCCAAAUGGUGCACUUUGUGGGAAUGCCUGUUAUGUGCAGUGACAUGUUGCAGAAUUCUAUGCAUGGAGUCUGUUAAAGCAUCAGAACAUGUAACUGGUAUCCUGUUAUCAAGGGCUAUGUAGUAGUAUUUCAAACCACACCACCGUUUUGCUCUCGCGGAUCGUGCAGAGUCGGUGUUUUUCUGAGCUCAUUGUUGGCCUGGGCUGCGGACUCAGCAGUAUAAUGCCAUAAACAACCACACAAUUUAUGGAGGUUUUGUUUGUUUUCAAAAGGCAGGCUUUCCCAGUUGGCCACAUAACUGUGAUAAAAGACGUGGACGGUUCUAAAUGUUUUGGAAAAAAAAUAGCCAAAUGAUAUUUGAUGCCCCAUCAGAUAGACCAUCAAAAUACACAGCAGUAGUCUGUUUGUUGAGCUACACCCAGAUGGCAUCAUAGUGUCGUUCAGGUUCAGAUUGACUAUUUAAAGAUAAUGCCAACCUUUACUUUACAAUUACAGUAUACGGUGAUGAAGACAAGCAGCCGAUGAUUAGCUCUUGUUACUGAGACAAUCUUAACACUGAUGUUGUUUUGGGUUUUUAAAGAUUGCCUUGGAAUGACGUAUUAUUGUCUCUAAAGGCUCACGCUGAUGUCAUGUUACCUGGUUGGCUGUGAAAAUGUUACUAGUUCACUUCAAUUUUUUGUGUCAUAGAAGCACUGCAUUUCACAGCUCAUUCUCUGACUCAGAGAUUGUUGUUUGGGUUAUGGCUGCCGUUUGCAUGGAAAUGGUCGACUUUUCAUAAUGCAUCUCGGGAAAUAAAAGAUGAACCUUUGUGGAA